AUGGAACCGGUUCCUAGUAUCGCCAAGAAGCCUGUAACGUAUGACGUGUACGAAUGCACGUUGGAAUCAAAGUAUUUGGAACGGGCUCGUUUAGAACUCAACGAGGAAGAUUACCGUAGAGAAUCCGCGAUAGCCCAAAUGCGCGAGUUCAUCGCGAAACAUCCACGAAUCCAACGUUACCGCACAGAUGCCGUCUUCCUGCUGAGGUUCCUCCGAUACCGGAAGUUCAACGUGAUGGACGCGUGUGAAGCGCUGGAGAAGUACCUUACGGCGUUGCAAGUGUCACGGGAGUUUUUUUCUGUAGAUCUCCAAGAUCCGUUGAUCAAGGAGUGUCUCUGCGUUCCACUGGGCCCAAACACUGACGGAAGCAUGGUGUUUCUGAUUCGUACCGGACAUUUCAAUCCGGAGUCGUUCAAACUGGAACAGUUGAUUUCACUGAAUUUUCUUGCGCUAGAAACGUACGGAUAUAAUGAAGUGCUACAAGUGACCGGAGGUACGAUCGUGUUUGAUCAUUCCAAAACGGCGAUGGCGCACGUCGCGGCGUUGACGUUUCCUAAAAUCAAAUUGUUGAUGGAUGCAACUGCUCAUUAUUUGGGAGCACGCAUUAAAAUGAUUCACGUUGCUCAACUGCCCAAGUUUGCCACAGCGGUGGUGGAUUUGUGUGUCAAAGCACUGCCGUCCAAGCUACAGCAAAGAGUGAAGAAAUUGCGGUACAGCUAG